AUGGAGCAGCAGGCCUUUGACAGGGAGAACCGAAAACGCAUCCAGGCGGUGCAGAACGCCUUCGGCCCAUCGGGGGAGACCCUGUGUUGUCCCGGUCGGAUCCUGUUUGGAGAGGGCGUUCUGAUGAAGCAGGGUCGCAAGAAGUGGCAGCCGAAGGGCUUCUUCCUUUUCAACGACAUCCUGGUGUACGGCAGCGUCCUCGUGAGGGGCCGCUGGUACAACAACCAAAAGAUCAUCCUUUUAGAGGAUGUCAAACAGGAGGACAUGGAGGACGGCGACGACGUGAAGAACCAGUGGCUGAUCUGCACGGCGAGCAAGUCCUUUUUCGUGUCGGCCGGGUCGAGCGAGGAGAAGCAGGCCUGGAUGGAGCACAUCGAGGACUGCCGCCGCCUCCUGCUCCAGGCCGGCGGCCGCCAGCCGCGCUCCACCUUCGCCGUGUCCUGGAUUCCCGACCGGGCCGCCCAGAAGUGCCUGCGCUGCCUCGGCAAGUUCACCGGCACCAAACGCCGGCACCACUGCAGGAAGUGCGGCUUCGUGGUGUGCAGCGGGUGCUCCCAGCAGCGGGGGGUCAUCCAUAACAUCCACCCCACCAAGCUGCAGAGGAUCUGCUACCGCUGCCACCAGCUGAUGAGGCAGGAGGAGCAGCCGGACAGCGCCGGGGAGAACGACAAUGGCGGAGAGUCCGGUGACGGUGACAAACUGCAGAGAUACACGCCCAGCAGCUGGCUGGACACCCGGAGAGGCACGUGGGCCCAUGUGGGCCCUCAUCAAACAGUGCCUGAGUGA